UCCUCCUCGUUAAGGUUUACCUCUUCGAAACUUCCAGAAUAAAUUUUCUCUCUUGUCAUCAUUUUCCUCAAUCUCCUUCAUUUCAGUACCAGUUUCACUCCAUUUUCUAAAUCCAUGGCGCCAAGCACUGUGCUUGUUACUGGAGCCGGUGGUCGCACAGGACAAAUAGUAUAUAAAACACUAAAAGAGAGGCAAUAUGUUGCCAGAGGUCUGGUUAGAACAGAAGAAAGCAAACAGAAAAUUGGCGGUGCAGAUGAUGUUUUUAUUGGGGAUAUCAGAGAUGCUGGAAGUAUUGUUCCUGCAAUUCAAGGUAUAGAUGCUCUCAUAAUUCUUACAAGUGCAACCCCAAAAAUGAAGCCUGGGUUUGAUCCAACCAAAGGUGGAAGGCCUGAGUUCUAUUUUGAUGAUGGUGCAUAUCCUGAACAGGUUGACUGGAUUGGUCAGAAAAAUCAAAUAGAUGCUGCUAAGGCUGCAGGAGUGAAGCGUGUUGUGUUGGUUGGGUCUAUGGGUGGAACAAACCUUAACCAUCCUUUGAACAGCUUGGGUAAUGGGAACAUAUUGGUUUGGAAAAGAAAGGCUGAGCAAUACCUUGCUGAUUCUGGUAUUCCAUACACGAUCAUAAGGCCCGGUGGCUUGCUAGAUAAAGAUGGAGGUCUUCGGGAACUCAUCCUAGGGAAGGAUGAUGAGCUUCUCCAGACUGAAACCAAAACCAUUCCUAGAGCUGAUGUUGCAGAAGUCUGUGUUCAGGCAUUAAAUUAUGAGGAGACUCAGUUCAAAGCGUUUGACUUGGCAUCAAAACCUGAGGGAGUUGGUACACCAACAAAGGACUUCAAGGCUUUGUUUUCCCAGAUCACUUCCCGAUUUUAAUUUUGAAUGUUAUUAUCAUGGUCUAUUUGCUUAUUAUGGUGGUUUGGGAUUGAACCCAACUCAAUAGUGCUAUGCUGUCUAAAACAAAGUACUUUGUCCCGGCAAUAAGUUGAAGGUAGUCUAUAGCUAAUCUUAUAUUUGGUCGGUAAUUUAGAAAAAAAAUAAUUCCAUAUUGUUUUUAAAUUGUUUUAAAACAGAAAGGAUGUAUGUGAUGAGCACAAGUAGAAAAAUAUAGCAAAGUUACUAGUUACAACUC